GGAAGGGAGGCAGCAAAAAUGGGGAUCACGCAGUCUCUGAGAGGCAUCGCUACACGACAAACCCAGAAUCGGAGUACAUUGCCUGCUUUCUCGGUAGGUUGGGGCUGAAAGAUCACUACAAAAAGCCAAGUUUCCUCAGCCUGAUGUUACUGGGAAAGUCGAACUUGAGCAGGAUCUCUCCACAGGAAUGUGAGGCGUGGUGCGUGUUGCGGUGGUUGACGCCUUGUCGACCACGCCACAAACAGGUAGCACAGAUCUGAACGCGUACCAUGUGUUCCUGUACAAAUGCCUUGCUUUCCACGCAAUUGACUUGCAUGUUAUGACGGCUGUCGGUGUUUUUUCCUCUAUAAAUGUGCCGAAAUUUGUGAAUGACGAACACAUUCACAGCUGACAGUCACUCGGCGAGAAUCGAUCUGCGAUUUGAAGUUUAUCUGUGCUUGAGCGUAGCUGCGAGAGCUCGAGUUAGUAGACAGGUGGUAGACAUGACGACGGAGAGGGAGAGGGAUCAUAAGAGUGAGGUAUUUUCCAAAGCGCUGCGGGAUGUGAUCGUGACAGACAAUGCCGUGCCUGAUGCAUAUCUGUGGCCAAAGCAAGAGCUGGGCCCUAUGCUUGGGCAUGAGGAAUUUGGAGAGGACGGAAUACCUCUGAUUGAUUUGGGUGGGUUUGAGGAGCUCGACAACAAUCAGCGCAGACAGAUCUACGACCGAAUUCGAGGUGCUUGUGCGACCUAUGGGUUUUUCCAAGUGGUGAAUCACGGAGUGGAUUUGCGAAUCUUGGAUAGAAUCCAGGCCGCCUCGAAGAAGUUCUUCGACGUGCCUCUGGAGACUAAGGAAAAGCUCGAAUGCAAAUUGGAAGGGGAUCGGUUGCUCGGCUAUGGGUUUUACAAAUCUAGCAAACUGAAGACCCAGAGGAGGAACUGGAGUGAAGGUCUCUUCGUGGACAAACCUCAUAUCGCAAGAGUUUCUAGCACUGUAUGGCCUGAGGAUACCGACAGCCAAACAGAGUUCAGUGAAUCAGUGGAGGAAUACGUCGGAGCUCUCAGAGAGCUGGGAUUGAGGCUGACGCGCCUGAUACUAAACAGCUUGGGAGUAUAUCCGGAGACCUACGACAAAUAUAUGCCCAAGGAGCCUGCCCUCAUGCGACUGAAUCAUUAUCCGCCAUGCCCAGAUCCGUCGAAGACAGUGGGAUUGGUUCCCCAUCAUGACGCCAAUUUCUUUACUAUUUUGCAUCAAGGUGAUGUCGGAGGCUUACAAGUGAAGAAAGACGAAGGGUGGGUUGCUGUCAGGCCAUACCCGAACGCGUUCGCUGUCAAUGCUGGAAAUAUGCUUCAGGUAAUUAGCAAUGAUAUAUGCAAGAGUGUGCUUCACAAAGCGGUUGUAAACCAAGACUCUGAUCGUUAUUCAAUUGCGUAUUUUGUGCAAGCGCCAGAUUGGGAUCAUAUUGCUCCUCUUCCGGAGCUUGUAGACGCUGCGCACCCUGUCAAGUAUCGACCCUUUACUUGGCCAGAGUACUUGGAAAGUCAACUUGCUAAUCCAUCCAACGCCCUAAAGAAUUUUGAGUUGUAAUGAGCGAGCUUGGAUGAGGGAAUGGGUAACUGGCAACGAAACAGUAGCUGUUUGAUGUUGACAGCUGCGCAUUCAUUUUCAAAGCAGUGCACAUUCAUAAAUUUUCUAUGUCGUAUUUAACAGAAAUGUAUAUAACAUAUGUUGUUUUUUUUCCAUGGUCC